UAAGUACACAGACGGAUGCGUGCGCGCGAGGAGCCGCGCAGGCGCGUGGAGCUUCGAGCCACCAGCUACCGGGCCAACAUGGAGAGAAAAGUUCUUGCCCUCCAGGCCAGGAAGAAAAGGGGCAAAGCCAAGAAGGCAACCAAGAAGCCAGCUCAUCAACCGAGAGGAGCACCUCAGCAGCAGCUCCCUGCAGAACCUCAGCAGCAGGAGCCUGAAGAGGAGAUUCUGGGCUCGGAUGAUGAGGAGCAAGAAGAUCCCAAUGACUACUGCAAAGGUGGCUACCACCACGUGAAAAUAGGAGACCUGUAUAAUGGGAAGUACCAUGUGAUCCGUAAGCUGGGGUGGGGCCAUUUUUCCACAGUGUGGCUUGCCUGGGACAUUCAAGGGAAGCGAUUUGUGGCAAUGAAAGUGGUAAAGAGUGCAGAGCACUAUACAGAGACAGCCCUGGAUGAGAUAAAGCUGCUGAGAUCUGUACGGAACACUGACCCUGAUGAUCCAAACAGAGAGAUGGUGGUUCAGCUGUUGGACGACUUCAAAAUCUCUGGAGUCAAUGGAACUCAUGUGUGCAUGGUAUUUGAAGUGUUGGGACACCAUUUGCUCAAAUGGAUUAUCAAGUCCAACUAUCAAGGUUUACCCCUCCCUUGCGUGAAGAGCAUCAUUCGUCAGGUUUUGCAGGGUCUCGAUUACUUGCACACAAAGUGUAAGAUUAUCCACACAGACAUAAAGCCAGAGAACAUACUGAUGAGUGUGGAUGAGUCAUACGUGAGAAGACUGGCAGCUGAAGCCACGGAGUGGCAGAAAGCUGGCGCCCCCCCUCCCUCUGGAUCAGCAGUGAGUACAGCACCCGUACCUAAACAAGCAUCCAAAAUGUCAAAGAAUAAAAAGAAGAAGCUGAAGAAGAAGCAGAAACGGCAGGCAGAGCUGCUGGAGAAAUGCAUUCAGGACCUAGAAGAAAUGGAGAAUGGGCCUGAUGGUGCAGAAGAGGAGGAGGACGACCCUCAGUCUCCCAAGUCACCUAUUUGUGCACCUCUUAGACACGCCUCCAUGCAGGACAUUGGUGAAGAGGAAGUAAUAGACCCAGGUAACCCCAGAGAGCGUCUGACCUCGGAUGAGCUCAACUGUAACGGCCAUGUGCCUGGCAGCCGAGCCCAACCCGAGGAAGAACUAGAUGAAGUCAAGAAACAAAUGCUGCUGAAGCAGGAGGACCAGCACAAUGCUAAUGCAGGACCUUCAAGGGACAUGUCCCAGAGCCCUUAUGAGUACUGUAACGGGUUGUAUUCUCCUGAACCUGAUCAGAGUAAUGGAGACGUGAGGGAGGAGGGAGAAGACAACAAAUUGCAAGGAAGGCCAGUGCCUGCCAGAGACAAGCAGUCCACACCACAAAAUGCCAAGCUGGCACCAGGAAGCCUUCUGGUCAAUCCCUUGGAACCUCUAAAUUCAGACAAGAUCAAGGUCAAGAUUGCUGACUUGGGCAAUGCAUGCUGGGUGCACAAACACUUCACUGAGGACAUUCAGACAAGGCAGUAUCGCUCCCUGGAGGUGCUGAUUGGUGCAGGUUACAGUACACCAGCUGAUAUAUGGAGCACAGCUUGUAUGGCAUUUGAGCUGGCCACUGGGGACUACUUGUUUGAACCCCACUCUGGUGAAGAUUACUCCAGAGAUGAGGACCACAUUGCUUUGAUCAUUGAGCUACUGGGGAUGGUCCCACGCAAACUCAUAAUUGCAGGAAAAUACGCCAAGGACUUUUUCACCAAGAAAGGUGACCUGAAGCACAUCACCAAGUUGAAGCCAUGGGGUCUGUUGGAGGUGCUGCUGGAUAAGUACGAGUGGUCCCACGAGGAUGCCGAGACUUUUGCAGACUUCCUGCUCCCCAUGCUUGAACUCAUCCCUGAGAAACGGGCCACAGCGGCUGAAUGCCUGUGCCACCCCUGGCUCGCCCUCUAGUGACUCGUAUAAACAACCGCAGCCCCAUUUUUCCUCCACUUCCACAUGACAGACUGCAACAUAUCACUUUCCAGUUUGACUGCUUACCUGAAUAGUACUUGUACUACUUUGUGUGUGGUUUCUUGUACGUUUCACCUGAGAAAUGUUUUUGUUUUCUUGGUGGUGUUAUGUCUUGGGACUUGUUUCCUGAGGCGGUGUUUGUCCUCAAACUUUUUUUAUUUUAUUUUUUUCCUCCCCCCUCUAAAUUUGCACAACAGUUUUAGGGAACAUCUCCUCUUGUAUUAUUUAAGCUGUGUGCUCCAUGCUGAAAGAUCAGAUUUCUGUAUUUUGCUAGGCUUUAACUGAACAUGGUUGAUGUAAGGGCACAUAUUGUGGGUCACUUUUUACAUGUUUCCUAGUUUUGGGAGUACGCACACCAGAGAUUUUUUGGAAAAAAAAAAGGAACCCAUUAGGUUUACCUCAUAACUGUAGAAAAUGCAUUUAACUGAUUUGUAGUUUAUUUUAGGAAAUGCCAUACCACUGUGUAAUUUUGUCUCAAAAAGUGUCAGUUUUCUUUGUGUCAUUUUUGGUCAAUUCUGAGUACAUGAGGGUUGCUUUCUCACUUUCUAUGCUUCCGGAAACUGAGUAGCUGUUAAACAUCACCCAAAAGAUGGUUGUGAAAAGUGUGCUUGCGCACGUGUGUUUGUUGUGUGUGUGUGUGUGUGUGUGUGUAUAUAUAUGUAUGUGUGUGUGUACCAAAGAGUUUGCCUUGAUCUGUAUAUUACAGCCAUGUACAGUUUUUAAAGAAAUCCUACUAUUGAUAACUAAGAGUAUUUAGCUGGACAGUAAUGUUUUAAUAAAAUAAUUGGAUGAUGGGUGAAA